AUGGUAAAAACAUGGUUCGGGUCAGCAUCCGGUAAAGCCCAGGACUCGGGGUUGCGUGUGGAGGCAUUGCAGUUCAUGCGCGGGAUCAUGGACGAAUGCACGUAUUUGGGCAACUUUUCCGUGCCUGUGGAUCCCGAGCUGGUCAUUGUGGUUGCUGCAAAGUGUGAUGGUUACGUACCUCGAGGAGACGGGUUACCAGAGUUGAACGAGCUUUGGCCGUCGGCCGAAAUUCGCUCCGUUGACAUGGGGCACGUUGCUGCUUUCAUUUUCAAUCAAGGCGUUUUCCGGAAAGCCAUCAAGGAUUCUUUCGAACGCCUGACUGCCAAGUACUAUUCAUGAAACCGGUGCAUUCGCCGACGUUCGGCAAUGGGUCAACAAACUCAAAACAAGUCGGACCCGAGUUGGUUUGUGCGACGAUUCGAAAGAAGAAGAAACAUCGUGCUGAUCCUUUGAUGAUAAUUCGGAAUGUUGUGUGUAAGAGACGACUCGUUCAGAAGAGUGCCUCAGAACGGUUGAAGUGAGAAUGGUUAUCAGUGCUGUGAUUUGAAGCGAUUUGUGGGUCCUCUUACGAAGGUUUUCUCGCAGUUUACUCGUCAAUUGUUUAUUCCUUCUUUUUAUUUUUUCUGCGAAGAGCAAUCAUGGUUGACGAGAAUGUGUUCUAGCGUUUGUGUUCUGCCUGAGACGAACUUUUCGAUGUGCUUGUAGAGGAAUGGAGAAAUCAGGUAGCACACAGUGAUCUAUUAUUGCAGAAGAAGAAGAAAUUGGUUUUUUUUUACGGUACAAUUGGGUUCAGUUCAUUUUUGCGUGGAUAAUACUCCAUUGCGGUAAUUCACGUAUUGUACAUUCGUAAGAGAAGGACCUUUUUGUAAAAAUAAAAUAUAGGGGUUUAUACAUUUCAAAGGUGUUGAAUUCACUAAAUUUUCUGUUUGAUGUGAUUAAUUCUGGAUUCCUCGAAGUGCCAAUUGGUGUAUUGUGGUGUGAGAUAACCAUCAUCAAUUCAAGUUGAGCCUAAGAA